UGCAACCAACCAAAGGCCAAAUGCCGCUUUUCUCGUUUUCUUCUUCUUCUUCUUAGGAAAAAAAAUAAAAAAAUCAUCAACCCUACCACCCUAAUUUUUUAUCUCUCUCUACACAUCUGAUACUUAACAAUUAUAUUUAUCUCUCACACACCAAAAAAAAAAAAAAAAAAGGAAAAAGAAUCAUAUACAGAGGUCAAGAAAGUUGUACAGUUUCCUAUUUGGGAGAGAGAAAGAAGAUCUUGGGGUUACCUAAAUCUCAUGGAGCAACUUGUUAACUUUAUUAUUAGACCCCCAAGGGCUGAGUAUGAUCCUAAAAAUGAUCUCCUAGAUGAAGAAUUCAUGCUUAAAGGGAAAUGGUACCAAAGGAAGGAUCUAGAGGUUAAAAAUAGUAGGGAUGAUGUUCUUAAAUGUAGCCAUUAUAUGCCUCUUAUUCGUCCAGAAGGAAAGCCACUGCCUUGUGUAAUUUACUGUCAUGGAAACAGCGGUUGUAGAGCAGAUGCCAGUGAAGCUGCUAUUAUUUUAUUGCCCUUAAACAUAACUGUUUUCACCCUUGACUUUUCUGGAUCUGGUCUUUCUGGAGGAGAGCACGUUACAUUGGGGUGGAAUGAAAAGGAUGAUCUCAGAGCUGUGGUUGAAUAUCUUCGGACAGAUGGCAAUGUUUCUUUGAUUGGCUUGUGGGGUCGUUCAAUGGGUGCUGUUACUUGCCUCAUGUACGGUGCUGAGGAUCCAUCCAUUGCUGGAAUGGUUUUAGACAGUCCCUUCUCCGAUUUGGUUGAUUUGAUGAUGGAACUUGUAGACACUUACAAAAUCCGGCUGCCCAAGUUCACUGUAAAGUUUGCAAUCCAAUAUAUGCGCAGAACAGUUCAGAAAAAGGCAAAGUUUGACAUAACUGAGUUGAACACAAUUAAGUGCGCAAGUGAAGAUAUUGUAGGAAAUUUUCCUAAUCAGUUUCAAGUUUUCGUUGGGGGGGCAUUUUCAGAAGUGACGGUUGCAAAGUCAUGCUUUGUCCCUGUUUUGCUGGGUCAUGCUAUUGAUGAUGAUUUUAUACAGCCCCAUCACUCUGAUCGUGUAUUUGAUGCUUACAUGGGGGACAAGAAUAUUAUAAAAUUUGAUGGUGAUCACAACUCUCCGCGCCCACAGUUUUAUUUUGAUUCUAUAAGUAUCUUUUUCAACAAUGUUUUGCAACCACCAGAGGUUGAAGGUGGGGCUGCAUUCUUUGACAUGCGACAAGAUUAUUUUGGCCAGGGCAGUUGGAGUACAGUCCAUGACGUGGACUAUAUGGAGGAUGUCCAUGAUGUUGCAGCUGCACCAACUAGUAGCACUGAAGAUGUAAUAAAGCAGGUUCGCUCCAAAAGACCCAUGAGUCGGACAGAGGUCCCUUCUGACAUGGCUGCUCAGGAUAACCAGACUGAAGAUCAGGAAGAAGGUACUGGAACCGACGGUGCCCCAUCAUCUUCAAAAAUGAUCAGCUUUGAACUUUCCAAUGGUGACCCAUUGGGUCCCAAUGUUCCUGCAUCAAUAGAUGAUGAUGACUAUGUAGAAUACCCACUUGAUAAUAUGGCAGAUUUUCCAAGUAAUGUAGAGGAAGAAGAAAGGAUGUUAAUGAAAGCCGUACUCGAGUCUUUAAAGGACUUGGAGGUUAAACCUGCUCCUGCAGAACAAGCGUCGUCAAAUGUGGUCAAAGAACUUCCUCAACCUUUGCAGGACACUAGAGAGGAGUCGUCUACCGUAAAGCAAUGUAACCCCUCAAAGGAAAUUAGUGCUAGUGCCGUAGUUGUUAAUGGGCACAAUUCAGACACCAAAGUCCAAGUUCCAGGUACUGAAAAAGCAUCAGUAACUUCAGCUAAUAGCACUUCAUCAGCGAAAGAAGUGGAACGCAAUGGAGCUUCUCAUCGUGAGACGUCUGUUAGCAAUCAAAGUUCGUCUAGUGUUGACACGGUUGAUGGUACUAAAGCCACUGUGACUGUUGUAAAGAACCCAACAAGUAAUGUGAUAGAUGGAUUGUGGCGUCGUUGGGAUCUCAAUUUCUUCAAGAAUAGAUAAUGGUUUGGAAGAUUGACUUUUUACAAAUAUAACACUCGGAGCGGAUUACGGGUAGCAGAAAAAAGUUAUAGCGGUUAUAGAAAUUUGCUAUUUGCUGGUUGUACAUUUUUUGGGGGAGUAAAUAUUUGUACUUUCUGUCAGGAGUGUUGAGAAAGUUGGGGCUGGUGGUUGUGGGAAAUGAAGGCGGGUGGGUUUGGUUGUCGCUAGUUUACAAUACUUUACAUAGGUCUUCCUUCUUUGAGUACAAGGAUUCAGCUGUGUAUUUACUCCCCUGUGAAGAAAUUAGGCCCAUUGUUUGUUGUAAAUUAUGGACUGACCAGAAUGUGUUAUGUAUAUGUGUACAGGUGAUGUGCACAAUUUUUCUUGACAAAAUUGGAAUUGUUAGCCCCGUCAAGUUUUCCGUA